GCUUCUGAAAGAAUCAAAAACGCUGCGGCAUUUAAUAUUAAACGGUUUCCUUCAUAAAGGACCGCUUUGGACGUUAAGUAAUGGCCACAGUUUUAGUUACAGGGCUUUCUAAAUACUCUGCGAAAGCAUUUCAGACAAAGUUGGUUGCGUAUUUUCAGAGUAAAAAGAAGUCUGGUGGAGGAGAAUGUUCACUUUCUCUUCUAGGUAACGGAGACGCGCUUUUAGCUUUCAAGCAGGAAGAAGAUUUGAAGAAUGUCCUAUCAAGAACACAUACAGUUACCAUAGAAGGAAAAGAUAUUCCAAUUACAGUGAGUCGAUAUGAAGAAGAAGAAGAAGAAAAUGUUGACAAGAAACCUGUUCAGAAAAAAAGUGCUAGUAAAAAAGAAGUUGUCCAGAUGCCAAGCUUAAAGCCUCAAGAGAAACCUGGCAGGUCAGAUGAGUAUGAUUUGGAUGAAGACAGCCAAGUAAUUUCAGAUGUAGAAGCCAAAACAGAUUCAGUCGACCCUUCACGAAUACUUAUUGAAAUUGUGAAUGAAAACUUUGAUCGGGAAAAUCUUGAACUCCUCAUUGAAUGCUGCAGUGAUGCAGAUGCAUUUAAAAUUCAUGAAACUGACAGUGAUGGUAAAGUAAUUGUGGAAUUUUCCUCCACUGUAGAUGUUGCAGCUAUUGUACAGAAAAUAAGAAAAAAACAGAAAAAGAAAAACGUUGAAGUUCAGAUGUUGAAAAAGCCGCAAAGUAUUAAACUGAUUCAGUUAUCUACAAAAAUAAACAAGGACCAUCUUGAGCUUUAUUUUGAAAGUAAAAUUAAAGGAGAUGAUCCAGUAGAUGUUGAAAUAAAUGAGAAAGACCAGUCAGCAGUAAUAACAUUUCCACAUCCAGAAGAUGUAUUGAGAGUGAUGUCUGUUUCACACACCAUAAAGGGAGAAGAUUUAAAAAUUCAUCUUUACUUUGAUGAAGUACAGUUAAUGACUUUCACAUCCGAGGAAGAGAAGGAAGAAGUCCAUGUUCUACAAAUGAAACUCCGUGAGACUGACAAAGAACCUUCAAGCAACAAAAUUACAGAUGCAUGCCUUUUAAAAAAUGAGCACUGUCUUCAGAUUCUGAAACAGCAUAAUAUUGAAAGUGAACAUCCAGAAGUGCAGCUGAACUUUGAUACUGAUGUAGAGAGUAAAAUAGAAAUAACAGGUUUACCAAGUGAUGUGAAUGCAGUUCAGCUGAAGCUUCUCAGAAUUGCAAGCCAGAUAGAAAGCAAAAUAUGGCAUACAACAUUGUACUGUCAUGAAUUUUUGACAAAAGUAGAAAAGGAAGAUUUUGUAAGAAAUAUUUUCCUAAAAUCUGGCAUUAAUGCGACUUACUCUUGUAGUAAAAAUCAAAUUAAGUUGUAUGCUGUAUCAGAAGAGCACCUUUUAAAAGCUGAAAAGACACUUAAUGCAGUACUUUUUAACACUGAAGUAACAAUUCCCAAGGACUUUUUCACUCAAAAUAUUGUUAAAGAUUUAAAUAGGUUUCUGGCUGAAAUUAAAAAUUCCCUUUUACUAAAGAACAGUGAAUACAACAUCAUCCAAGGGGAGAAGCUUCUGCACCAUUUUAUUUCACCUUCAGAUGAGGGGAGAGUUGAUAAAGUAGCACUUGCUGGUUAUAUAGAUAUUACAACGGAAGCAAAGAAGAUGCUUGCCGAUUAUCUUGAAAAGCACUGCAUGACUAAAAUUGUUUUCCCAUUAGAGUCAGCAGGAGUAUCAGAAUGCUUGCGCAGAUUUGUAGAUCUUCAGUCCAUGUUUCCAAAUGCAAAAAUUGAAUUUGAAGAGGAAGAGGAUUUGUUUAGUUUACAUGUUGAUGUAAACUCGUUAACUGCCUCAGAGACAAAAAAAAUCUUAACAGCUGUUAUAGGUCAGGUUGUAUACCACAAGGAAGAACUUAAAAAACCUGGGGCAGUUCAGUUCAUUGAAAAAAACAGACCUCUUCUUAAAAGCCUUGAAACAACUUAUCAAUGUGUUAUUCAUACUGAAGGUGGUGAUGAUAAAACAGCUGGUUCACCUGUUGACCAAAAUGAAGAAUUUUUAACCAAAUUCUUUUUACACAAGAAGUUUAAAAUAUCAGUUAUAAAACAUAAUGUGUUUCACCAGGACACGGAUGCAGUAUUACUGCCAGUGGAAGAGCCUUUAGAAAUCUCCAAAAGACUUUUAAAGAUGAUGACUGAUGCUGGUGGUCCUCAGUUCCAAGACAUAGUAAAGGAGUGGAAACAGAAAGAGGACAUAAAAAUAGGCAGCUUACAUAUUAUUCCAGGAGGUCAACUAACUUUUAAAUGCAUCAUCUUUGUAAUUAUUCCAAAAUGGAAGGAUGCAGGAGUAAAAGAAGAAAUAUUGAAAGCUAGUCUCCUUAGGGCUCUUAAUACUGCAGAAAAUAAAGGAAUCAAGUCCAUUGCAGUUCACCCAUUUGAUUUUGAAAAAUCAAUGUCUUCUUUACAUCAGUGUAGCCGUAUUCUGAUGAUGUCAGUGAAGGAGUUCUGUGAUGCACACACAGAGACCUAUGUAAACCUUACAGACAUUAGGCUUGUCAGUUCAGAUGAUAAAUGUUUAUCAGAAAUGAAAGCUGCUCAGCACCAUUUUAAAGACCCUACUAAUGAAACCUCAGACAGCACUAUUCUACUGAAACUAGCAAAACAACCUACUAAAAAGAGUGACUCACUUAAAUCAUUUCAACAGACAGAAUUAGAUUCACAACAGCAGCAACGUAAAGCUGCUUCAGAAUCACAGAGUGGAAAACAGCUAAAUAUAGCAUACGGAAAUCAAAUAUGUAAUUAUGUAACACCAGAAGGUAUAACCAUUUCCCUGAUUAAAGGAAACAUUGGAUUGCAAAAGAGCGAUGUCAUUGUAAACACAGUAUCAGCUGCAUUGAACCUGACUUAUGGAGCUGUGUCCAAAGCAAUCUUAGAUCAAGCAGGAUAUAAACUGCAGGAAAAUACAAAUCAAGUAAAACCUGCUACUGAAGUGCUGCAUGGAGCUGUUGUACCAGUCAGUACAGCAGGAUGUGAUAUUGCUUGUAAGGAAGUCUACAACACUGUUUGUUGUCAAUUUAACAGUAAGAAUCCAGCUGAAAGUGAAAAGACACUACAGGAUAUUAUUAAAAAGUGCCUUGAGAAUGCUCAUAAUAGUGGUUAUCAGUCCAUUACCUUCCCUGCAAUUGGAACAGGAAACUUAAGAUAUCCUAAACGUAUGGUUGCAGAAACAUUUAUUAAGGAAGUUACUGAAUUUGGAAGGGCAAACACAACUACAUUGACAACUGUAAAUGUAGUAGUUUAUGAAAAGGACAAAGAUACUCUUAAGAAUGCAUCUUAA